AUGGAGGACCAAGUACACAAGCCUCAUCGCAAGUCCAAGGACAAGAAGAACAAGCAGCACACUGGGGAGAAAAACCCAAAGGCCUUUGCCUUCUCCAACCCCGGAAAGCUUGCCAGAUCUGCCGCAAGAUCUUCAGAUAUCAAGGAAAGACGUUUCCAUGUUCCCCAAGUCGAUCGCCUUCCCGAUGAGCCGCCCCCGAGGCUGGUCACCAUUGUCGGACCCCCUGGUGUCGGCAAGACGACACUGCUCAAGUCUCUGAUUAGAAGAUACGCGAAGGAGACACUAUCCGACCCCCAAGGCCCCAUCACGGUUGUCACCUCCAAGAAGCAGCGAUUGACCUUUGUCGAGUGUCCCAAUGAGCUUGAGGCGAUGGUCGACAUGGCCAAGAUAGCAGACAUUGUUCUGCUAAUGAUCGACGGAAACUACGGCUUUGAGAUGGAGACAAUGGAGUUUCUCAACAUCCUUGCCGCCACCGGCAUGCCUGGUAAUGUCUUCGGUAUCCUUACGCAUCUCGAUCUCUUCCGGAAGCCCCAAGCCUUGAAAGAUGCGAAGAAGCGGCUCAAGAGGAGAUUGUGGAGCGAGUUAUAUCAGGGCGCGCACCUCUUCUAUCUUUCCGGAGUCAUGAACGGCCGAUACCCCGACCGUGAAGUCCACAACCUCUCGCGCUUCCUGUCCGUCAUGAAGAACCCUCGACCCUUAAUUUGGCGCAACUCGCAUCCGUAUACCAUUAUCGACAGCUACCGAGACAUCACCCACCCCACAAAGAUUGAGGAGGACCCCAAGUGCGACCGUUCAGUUGUGUUGUCGGGCUACCUGCGUGGCACCAAUUUCGCCUCCCAAGGACAGAGGAUCCAUGUCCCAGGUCUUGGCGACUUCACUGUCGCGAACCUGGAAGUCCUCCCGGAUCCUUGCCCUACCCCGGCCAUGGAGCAAGCCAUUGCCAAGGUUACCGGCAAGACGACGCGGCGGCGCCUGGACGAAAAGGAGAAGAAGCUGCAUGCACCCAUGUCUGACCGCAGUGGUCUUAAAAUUGACGGUGACGCCAUUUGGAUCACCAGAGAAAAAGGAUUCACAUUCGACAGGGACGCCGAGGAAGGCGAGAUGGGUGAGGGUGAGGAGCUUAUCGUUGGACUGCAAGGCGAGCGGAGACUUUUGGGCCAGACUGAGGAGGGUGUACAGCUCUUCAAGGGAGGUGAGCAAAUCAAACAGGUCCCCGAGGAGGAGGACACUGGCAGAAAGACUCACAGACACGCACGCUUCGCCGACCGUGACGAUGAUUCCGAAGUCGAGGUUGAUGACGAGGGCUUUGUUAGCGGCGAAGAGGACGGCGAGUCCGAUGUUGAGGAGGAGUUCAGCGAAGGCAAGCUGGGCAAGAUGUUCAGAAAGAACACUGAGAAGGAGGCCGAUGAAGACGACAUUGCCUUUGCCGAUAGUGACUCCGAUCUUGGUUCGUUAUCGGGGCUGGAGGACGGAGAUGAAGAUGACGAGGGUAUGGACGAUUCAGACUUCAACUCAGACGAGGAGGCUGCCGCCAUGAAGUGGAAGGAAAAUAUGGCGGAGCGUGCAAAGAAGCUCCACGGAAAACGGCGUUCAUACCAUACACCGGACCUGGCCAGGUACAUGUACGAAGACUCCUUGACACCAGAGGAGGCACUACAAAAAUGGCGAGGUAACGACCAAGAUGAGGAGGACAUUGAAGCGGAUGAAGAAGACGACUUCUUCCAAAAGUCCAAGCAGGACAAAGAAGAUAAGGUGGAGGACAGAUCGAUACCGCAGUAUGAUUACGAGGAUCUGGCGGCGAAGUGGUCACAAGCUGCAAACGUCGAGGCCCUGAGGAAGCGUUUCACCACCGCAGGACUGCGUGAUGACGAAGAAGACGACGGUGAUGAGGAAGAUGAGUUUGACGGCAUCGACGACGAAGGGGAGGACGACGAAGGCGACGGUGUCUUCGAGGAUCUUGAGACGGGUGAACAGCACGGAGCCGAAAACUCUGCCGAGCAAGAGCCUGCCGAAGAAGCUUUUGAUGACGAGCGUGAAAAGAAUGCGAAGCGUAAAGAAGAGCUCAAGUUACGCUUCGAGGAGGAAGACAGGGAGGGGUUCAUGAACGACAAGGCCAACGCCCGGCGAGAAGGUGGCGACCAGGAGUUUGGAGAGGACGAUUGGUACGAGGCACAAAAGGCGGUGAUCCAGAAACAACUCGACAUCAACAAGGCCGAGUUUGAGACGCUCGACGAGAGGCAAAGGACUGCUGUCGAGGGCUACCGAGCUGGCAAGUACGCCAAGAUUGUUCUUGAGGGCGUUCCGUCAGAGUUUGUCACCAAGUUCAACCCCCGCAACCCCAUCAUCCUUGGUGGUCUGUCGCCCACCGAGGACCGUUUCGGGUUCGUCCAGGUGCGCAUCAAGAAGCACCGCUGGCACAAGAAGAUCCUCAAGACCAACGACCCAUUGAUCUUCUCCCUCGGCUGGCGGCGGUUCCAGACACUGCCCAUCUACAGCAUUUCGGAUUCGAGAACAAGAAACCGCAUGCUCAAAUACACGCCGGAACAUAUGCACUGCUUCGGCACCAUUUACGGCCCGCUUAUCGCGCCUAACACGGGCUUCGUGUGUUUUCAGUCCUUCUCGUCAGCGAACCCGGGCUUCCGGAUAGCGGCGACGGGCACGGUGCUCAGCGUUGAUGAGUCGACCGAAAUCGUCAAGAAGCUCAAGCUCACGGGUACGGCGGACAAGAUCCACAAGAACACUGCUUUCAUCAAGGGCAUGUUUAACACGUCGCUCGAAAUUGCCAAGUUCGAGGGUGCGUCCAUCAAGACGGUAUCUGGUGUGCGCGGUCAGAUCAAGCGCGCACUCUCCAAGCCCGAGGGACACUUCCGCGCCACCUUCGAGGACAAAAUCCUAUACAGCGACAUUGUGUUUCUGCGCGCGUGGUACCCGAUCAAGCCACACCGCUUCUAUAACCCCGUGACAAACCUGAUCGGCUGGCAGGCAAUGCGGCUGACAGGCGAGGUGCGCAGAGCUGAGGGCAUCGAGACACCGUUGCAGAAGAACAGCCAAUACCGCAAGAUUGAGCGCGAGACACGUCACUUCAACCCGUUGCGUGUGCCUCGGGCGCUUGCCGCCGAGCUGCCCUUCAAGUCGCAGAUCGUCCAGGCGCGCAAGCAGAAGAAGGACACAUAUAUGCAGAAGCGCGCCGUCGUCUUGACCAAGGAGGAGAAGACAGCCCGCAACCUGCUGCAGCAGCUGUCGACGAUCCGUAAUGACAAGGUGGCCAAGCGCGCAGCCAAGAAGGAGGAGAAGCGCGCGGAGUACCGCAAGAAGCUGGCUGAGUCCGAGGAAAAGAAGGAGGCGAGGGAGAAGAAGGAAAGCAAAGAAUUUUGGCGCAAAAAUGGGCGUAAGCGCCAGGCACCCGACGAAGGGGCUGGUGGUGGUGGCCAGAAGCGCAGAAAGUAG